AUGGCUGGAACUGAAACAAGAGGCGAUCCAAAACUUGUCGAUGCAGUUGAUGUCUUCAUCGCUGGUAGUGGACCCAUCGGAUGUACUUUUGCGCGGAAGAUUCUUGAUAAUAGCAAGAAGUCCGACCUCACUGUCUUGAUGAUUGAAAUGGGAUCACAAGACAACCCAGUCAUUGGACGACACCACAAAAACUCGGCGAAGUACCAAAAGGAUAUCGACGCGUUUGUGAAUGUUAUUAAAGGCGCCCUGCAACCCGUUUCUGUCCCACCAGCCGCGACAUAUAUGCCUACCCUUGGGGCGGAAGCUUGGUCUCCCGGUAGUAAACCUUUGGUUUCGGCAUUUAACAAUCCCGAGCAAGAGCCGUCGGUUAAUUUACCUGGAUGCGCUGUUACGAGAACUGUUGGUGGGAUGGCAACACAUUGGACUUGCGCUUGCCCCAUCCCGCAUCCCGAAGAACGCGAAGCUUCCCCGCUCCCAAAGGAAGAGUUUUUGAAAUACAUCAACGAAGCGGGAACCUUACUGAACGUAAACUUGGACCAAUACGAUCUCUCCGUCCGUCAUAACCUGGUAAAGAAGGUCUUGCAAAAUGCCUAUGGAGAGGAUGCUGUAAAGAAUCUGCCUCUUGCAGUCAAAAGACGGAAGAAUCGUGGCUACGUUACAUGGAGUGGUUCGGAUACCGUUCUCGGAGAAACCUACUCCAAGAAUGGCUCCGAUAAACGAUUCACUCUGCUUGCGGAACAUAGGAUCAUUGGCUUUGUUCGUGAAAACUCCCCAUUGAUAGGCGGUAGCGACAAGGAAAGCCGGAUUGAUUACGAUCGCUUGCGCGAUGGCACUGGUGCAAUCAAAUUUGCGUAUGUUAAAGAUAUUAUAGCAGACGAGUAUCUAUUGAUUCCAGCGAAGUACUUUGUCGUUGCAUGCGGAGCCAUCGGCACCCCUCAGGUUCUUUGGAACAGCGGCUUUGGUCUACAUCUCUAUGACAAUGAGAACGACCCAGCACGCGAAUUACCAGCUCUGGGACGCUACCUUACGGAGCAGUCCAUCUCGUUUUGUCAAAUCGUACUGAAAAGGAAAUUCAUCGAAAACAUUGAAGAACACGAGGACCUACUCGGGGCUGAGCAUCGGGGCAGAUGCGCUGGGCAUAAAGCGAAAUUCCCGGACGACCCAAUCCACAUUCCGUUCUCCGACCCAGAGCCUCAGGUAACAAUCCCGUAUACCACAGAGAAUCCCUGGCAUACCCAGAUCCAUCGGGACGCGUUCUCCUAUGGUGACGUGGGUCCAAGGGCCGACCCUCGUUUAAUCGUAGAUUUACGGUUCUUUGGACGUCAAGCAGUUUAUGAGAGUAACUACGUCACAUUUUCUAAUAAGCUUACCGAUAUAUACGGGAUGCCUCAACCAACUUUCAAUGUCGUUCGAAAAAAGGCGGAUGCCGAGAAAGAUUCCUUGAUGAUGUCUAAAAUGUGUGAAGUAGCCGGCAAGUUGGGAGAAUUUUUGCCUGGGUCAUACCCGCAGUUCAUGGCGCCAGGAUUAGCGCUACACAUCACUGUACGCAUUCGAACAGCACCAUACAAACCCAUCAAGACCAAACUGGUCUUUGAUCUCACACGCAGGUACUCCGCCGCGCUGUUCUAUGAGCUCUGUGACCAUACUUGCACCCAUUGGCCAAUGAUGUCUGUUGCUGCUGAUGGAAUAAUGACCCAUGUGGAGCAGUUGAACUCCAACCCAGUUGGCAGGACGCUAUCCACUUGGGCACCAUUGGUUUAUGCUGGUUAA